CAAAGGGCGGGAAACACCGUUUGAGGCUUUUGUCAACUUCUGCAAAACUGACGCAAAAUAAUUUGUAUUUAUCUGUCAAAAUACUUUAACAUGUUUAGUCUUGUCUUGUACAAUUUGUACUUCUGAAAGAAUAUAAUUAGAACAAUCAAUUAUUAUUGAUAUCAAUAAUAUAAUGGCUUCCAAUAAGAAUAAUCCGUCUUUAGAUGCUUCUGUAUCUUGUCCUGUCUGUUCUAAAGUAUUCGAUAAAAGUCUUAUUGAAGAACACGUGAAUAGGUGUUUAUUUCUUAAUACAAGUGAAGAAAAUAAUUUAAAACAAAAUCCAAAAAGAAGUAAUUCGCACUUACAAUUACCUAUGCAAGAAAAGCGUGCGAGGAUCAGCACCAGCCCCAGUUCCUCUAAAUCUGUGAAACUGCAAAUGCCUGAGACCAAUAAAAAUACAAAAGAUCAAACCAAACCAAAAGAAAUUAAGAAUAUUCCUUUAGCUGAACGUGUAAGACCGCACUGCCUAAAGGAUAUUAUUGGACAAACACAAGCAUUUGGCCCUGGAUCAAUGUUAAGAUCUAUGUUAGAACAAAAUAAAAUACCAAACAUGAUUUUAUGGGGGCCACCUAGUUGUGGAAAAACAUCUUUGGCCAAUGUUGUAGCAAAUAUUUGUAAGGAACAAAGUAAUAACAUGAGGUUUGUCAAGCUAUCUGCUACAAUGUCAGGUAUAAAUGAUGUUAAAGAAGUUGUAAAAGUUGCAAAAAAUGAGGCACAAUUUAAACGUCAAACAGUCCUUUUUAUGGAUGAAAUUCAUAGGUUUAACAAACUGCAACAGGAUUCAUUUUUGCCUCAUGUUGAAAAUGGUACUAUAAUUCUGAUAGGUGCCACCACUGAGAACCCUUCAUUUAGUUUAAAUAAUGCUUUGCUGAGUCGUUGCAGAGUUGUUGUUAUGGAAAAAUUAAGUACAGAAGAUGUUUUAGAAAUUUUAAGGCAGGCCGUAAAGCAAGGAGAUGAAAAAGUUCUUGUCAAAAAUGAUAAAGGGAACAUCAAAUCAUCAUCAUCUGAAAUAGAUCUUCCUAGAUAUAUAGUUGAGGAGUCUUCUCUGAAGUGGCUUGCUGAAGUAUGUGAUGGUGAUGCAAGAGUUGCUCUUGGAGCUUUUGAGCUGGCACUUAAAGCUAGAGACCCUGGACCUGAGCUGCAUGUUACAGGACCAGCAUUACUCACUCUUGAUGACAUUCAAAAUGGAAUCAAGAGAUCACACAUGAUUUAUGACCGAAAAGGUGAAGAACACUACAAUACUAUAUCAGCUAUACAUAAGUCGAUACGUGCUAGUGACGACAAUGCCGCUUUAUAUUGGACAGUUCGGGCAAUGCAGGGAGGCGAGGACCCCUUAUAUAUAGCGCGGCGUCUAGUGCGCGCCGCAUGUGAAGACAUAGGCUUAGCUGACCAGAAUGCUAUAGUUGAGGCUGUUGCUUGCUUAGAAGGUUGUCAAAACAUAGGAAUGCCCGAAUGCGAUGUUUUGCUUGCACAAUGUGCUGUGAGACUAGCAAGGGCUUCUAAAAGCACAGAAGUUUAUAGAGCUAUGAGAAGAUGUCAAAAGUCAUUGACGGAAGCAAAAGGACCAUUGCCACCAGUACCACUCCAUUUACGUAAUGCCCCAACGAAGCUUAUGAAGCAAUUAGGAUACGCAAGUGGUUAUAAUAUGUUACAUAAAGAUGUGUCUGGAUUAAGUUACAUGCCAGAGAGUAUGGAAAAUGUUAAUUUCUUUCAUGAUAAAUAGCAGGGAUAUCCAGGUUGAUAAAAAAUAAAGCCAUUAACUCCUA